UGGCGGUUGGGUAACGCCCCUCCUUAUGAAAGGCACCUUCCCGUUGGGCAGAGACACAAAACGCCGCAGGAGGAUUGGCUGCCGAGUAUGUGAUUUUUUCCAUUGGCUGCCUUCUGGUCUCUACUUUCAAGUUCAUACUUGGGAAAGAGUUUGCGAUUGGCGCACUCGGAAGCAGCAGCAGCCAAUGACGUGAAAGCUUCCACCGCCGGCCUAAGCGACGGACACACCUUCUUUUCUCUGCGGCUUCCCCGCCCCUUCUCGCCCGCCUUCCCUUAUUCAUACAGGAAGCGCCUCAGUUCCGAUUGGCCAGGACGGGAUGAGCUCUCGGCCAAUCGCAAUCCAGGUUGCGCUUGGAUCCCUUCAGGACAACGAGCCCUGCAGAGAGCACGUCUACGAUUGGUUGCUCCUCAGCCAGGAUUUAAUUUUGAAUUUACCUUUGCGGCGUGGAAGAGGCUCCGGCCCGAACCUCGUCUAGCCCCCAGGCUCUUACGCUAAAAUCAUGCCCCAGUUCAAACAGCGAAGAAGAAAGCUAAGAGCCAAAGCCAAGCGAUUAUUUAAGAAGAAAGAAGCCUCUCAAUUCCAGACUAAGCUAUUGAAACCUCCCCCUCCACCACCCACGCCAGAAAGAGUGGUUACUUCUUCAGCAGAUAUACUCCAAAGCAGAAGCUGGCUAAGACCUUCUUGGAACUUCAAAUUUCCCAACAUCAAAGAUGCAAUCAGCCUUUGGACAAAUAGAGCAUGGUACAUAUACAGUUUCUGCCAGAGCUGCAUAGCCCAGAGUUUUGAAGCAUUAAAAGAUGCCAUCUUCCCAUCCCGCGUCUACCACAGAGAACUUCACAGUCUAAAACAACAAUGUUGUGUUUUGAAAAGUGAAUUAUGCAAGCUCCAAGAAACACUGAAGACCAUUUCAGAAAAUUCUUGUUCAAGCUGUUGUCACACGUGUUGCAUGAGUGAUAAACUUACAAAUGUGCCUGGCUGUGCUCCAACAACACAUGGAGAAUCUCAAACUGCACUUCCUCCCACGCUGCCACAGCCAGCCAGUCAUCCGCCUCCGCCUCCUCCUCCUCCUCCACCUCCUCCUCUUCCUCCACCACCACCACCCCUCGCCCCUUUGCUGCUCAGAAAAUCUGGUCCUACUAAAGCACUUCAGGUUGAACCGUUAAAGAAAGAUGGACCAAUGCAUAUAACAGUUAAAGAUCUACUUACUGUAAAAUUAAAAAAGACACAGAGUAUUGAAGAACGGAAGAAGAUUGUGCCGUCACCACCUGAGGAACGGACACCACUAGUUACUAUCUCUGACCUGCAGCGCGUUACCCUGAAGCCUAACUGCAAGGUGUCAGCAACACGAGUUAAGAAUGUCUUAAUUACUCCUGGCAAAAGCCAAAUUGAUCUUCGGAAGCUGCUUCGGAGAGUGGAUGUAGAAAGGAGUCCAGGUGGGACACCCCUUACCAAUAAAGAAAAUAUGGAAACGGGAACUGGACUAACUCCAGUCAUGACUCGGGCCUUAAGGAGAAAGUUUCAGCUGGCUCACCCUCAAAGCCCUACUCAGUCUCUGCCACUUUCCACAAGCAGCUUUGAUGAACAGAACUGAGGCCAGCUCUGCCUGACUCCAUAGAGUGAUCCAUACAAGACAGAUCAACCCUCCAAAUCUUAAAUGUACUAAAAUAUGUAUGUGCGUAUGUAUGUAUGUAUGUAUGUAAUUCUACUUGAAGAAUCAGAGUGAGUAUGUAUGGAGCCUAUACAUACUGUGGCGUAAAGCAAGCAGUUAGGUAUUUUCUGUUGUUCAUGAUGGUAAGGGAACCAGAAGGGAAAAUGCAAUCUGCAAAGUAAUGUUUAUUCUGGAAUUACCCAAAUUUGGGUUAGAGAGGCUGUUCAAAUUUCAUUCCGCUGGGGCUGACACAGUAGAGGCCCUUGCCACCCAGCCUAAUGAUUCAAGUUCAAUGCCCCGGACCCAAAUGGAGGGAAGAAAGAACUAUGAUAUAUGCCCCUUCAACAGGUAAAAUUAAUAAAUAUGUUAGCAAAUACUAACGGUAUAUCUAGUUUAUUAUAUAAAUGUAGUUAUGACAUUAAGAAAAUUGUCUGGGUACUGGAAAGAUGGCUUAGCAGUUAAGAACACUCACUGCUUUUACAGAGGAUCCAAGUCAGUUCCCAGCACCCAUAUCAAGUAACUCACAGCUGCCUGCAGCUCCAGGUCCAGAGAUUUCAUUGCUCUCUUCUGGCUUACGUAGGCACCUGCACUUACAUGUUCACAGACACAUAACUAAAAACAUAACUAAAAUAAAGAAUAUGGCCUGGUUUCUGUUCAUCACAGGCUAGUUUAUUCAUUGCUACAACCUUUCUCUGUAAAAUAGGACCCUCUAGUUGGGCAUGGUGAUAGAUGCAUUCAAUCCCAGCACUUAGAAAGCAGAAGCCCACAGAUCUCUGGGAGUUUGAGGCCAGUCUGGUCUACAUAGAGAAUUCCAGACCAGCCAGAACUACACAGUGAGAUCCUGUCUCAAAAUAAAUAACAAAACAUUUAGAGGGGGGAAAACCCUCAUUGUGAUCUGAAAAAUCUGCAAGUGCCCCUUGUUUGCUUGAAACAGAAUCUUACAUUAUAGUCCAGGCUAGCCUGGAGCUCCUGGCAAUCCUCUGCCCUCACCUCCCAAUGCUGGGACUGCAGAUGUGUGCCACCACAUCUGGCUAGAGUGUGUCAUUUUAGCAACUUCGGUAGGUGGUUUUAUCUGGCUCACUCCUCUUUCUUUUUCUUCUUUCUCCUUCUCCAUCUCUUCUUUCUUUUUUCCUCCUCUUUCUUCUACUUCUUUCUCAUCCUCCUUUUCCUCCUCCUUUAUCUCUUCCUUCUUCAUUCCUCCUCCUUUCUCUGCCUCCUCUUCCUCCUCCUCCCCUGAUCCUCCACCUCUUCCUUCUUUCCUCCUUCUUCUCCUUCCUUCUCCUUCUCCUCCUUCUAUUCCUUGUUCUGGCUAAACCUAGGGCCUCACACAUGCUAAGUACCUGUACCCUGAGCUAUACCUUCAGCCUUCAUUCCUUACUUUUUUAAUCUGCUAUCUAUUUUCCUGCAGUCAAAUACAUUUUUCCUGAUUUCAGCAUAAACCCUCUAUUUUCCAAAAUGCCAUGGUGGUCCUAUCUUGAAGCCUGCUUCCUGGUCCUUACCAGCCUGUGUAUUUACCAGUAGUAGUGAUGUGUCUCUCACUGAACUUCAUUCAUACUUGCUAGUCUAGAGCUGUCAGACUUAGCAAAUAAGAAUCUAUAUUAAGGGCUGGAGAAAUGACUCAGUGGAUAAGAGCACUGUUUGCUCCUCCAGAGGUCCUGAAUUCAGUUCCCAGCAACCACAUGGUGGCUCACAACCAUCUAUACUGAAAUCUGAUGCCCUCUUUAGAUGGAACACUCUUAUAUAAAAAUAAAUAAAUUAAAGAAAAAGAAUAUAUAUUAAAUAUAAUUUAAUUAUAUAAAAAUAUAAAAAUAAAUUUUAAUUUCCGAUAAACCACAAAUAAGCUUUAAGUAUAAGUUUUCCCUACUAAACAACAAAUAUUUGAGUGUUAGAGAUAGAACUCAAGGCCACAUAUGUGCUAAGCUAGAAGAAAUAACUUCUUAAUAUUGAAUGAGGUGUAUUUAAGCCUUGCAGGGAGUUCAGUAAUAUAGUGCUUGUCUAGAAUGUUCAUGGCCCUGGGUUCAAUCUGCACUAUUAACUCUCUCUCUCUCUCUCUCUCUCUCUCUCUCUGAUUAAUCUCAAUGGUCUACUUCAUAUUCUCAACACUCACCUGAGAGACUGGCUUUCUCAGGGAUGCUCUUGCCUGGGUUAAUUGAGAUGGGAUGACCUGCCCUCAGUGAGUAGCACUCUCCCCUAAGCUGUAGACGCAAUGUGUUUAGCUGCCUCAAGCUCCUGCUCUCUUGAUCCCCUCCUCUGCCACAGUGGAGUGUAUGGUAGAACUAUAAGUCUGAAUGAACCCUUCCUUCCUUUCCUAAAUGCUUUUCUCGGGCAUUUCAUCACAGCAAUGAGGAAAGUAGCUUAGGCAAUCAUAUAUAUGUAUAUAUGUCUCACUACUCAUCUGGAAUUCACAUACAGCUUAGAACCUUAUAUUUUACUUAGCUACCUUGUGUGUACAUCCCUGAAAACUUGCAAUUUAUUUCUAGGAUCCCACAGUUUCCUACCCAUGUCUUCUUGGCAAUUGAACACUUAUAUAGCUUCAGCCAGGAUCCCCUCACAUAAGUUCUAAUAAGAAUAGACAGGUAAUUCUCACUAAAGUGAGUGUGACUCAGGUGUAAAAGUAGCUACCUUUUCUUAUGGUGCAGAGGGGUCUCGGGGCUCUGGGCAUGCUAGAUGAGUGCUUCUGCCCACUGACCCACAGCUGCGCUGCAGGAUCACCUCAGAGACUGUUAUUGCACGUGGUAGGUAAGGAAGCCUACCACUGAGUUAUUUCCAGGUCACAGCCCUGUGUUUUCAUUGUACAGUACUGCUUUGAGAUGUCAAAUCAUGGCGUUGGAAACUAAACAGACUGGAAAGGAGUCCUGAGGACAGUGUUUAGCACCUGUCCUGUUUCUGAGGUCCACACGUAUGUUUAUAAUACAGAAGAGAUACAUCUAGAAUUAGCUAGAAGAUUCUUCGUCUGUGGUUUGUCAAGAGAGACUUUCAUGUAGUCCAUUCUGUCCCGGAACUAUUUAGCCCCAAAUGACCUUGAACUCCUGAACUUUGUUCUACUUAUUGCGCGCUAGGAUUAAGGCAUGCACCACCAAAUCCAGCAGAACUUUUUUGAUAUUAUGUAAAAAGGGAAAUGAUCACUGAAAAUAAAGUAAGGAUUCGUAAUAGAGUAGUAUUUUGUGGGGCACUUAUAAAUAAACCAUUAUGUACUGUAUACUAUAUACUGAUAUGAACAUGAUCAUUCUUAUGGCAUAAGAAGUUCAUUAAAAAAACAAAAAAACUAGGCUGGGCAUAGCAACUUCUGCCAAGUUGACCCAGCUAUUUGGAAAACUAAGGUGUAGGGAAUGUAAAUCCAUGGCCAGCAGCUAGCCUGGGCAACUUGGUGUGAACCUGCUUCAAAAAAAAAAAAAAAAAAAAAAGAAAUUUUACAGGUAAAACAUUUACAAAGCUGCUAUUGUUGUUGUAUCAGUAUUAAAAUGUACCCUACUUUUAAUUGUUUACUGAUUUUUACUAUAGAAUUUAUAUGCUUUUUUAUUCUAACCAUUUGAGUACUCUGAACAGUGUAUGAUUUUAUUAAACCACUGCUUUUUAUAU